UUGAGUCCCUGGCGGCGCAUUUUGUUACUGAUAGUAGCCUUUGUUACUGUGGUCCCAGCUCUCUGUAGGUCAUUCACUAGGUCCCCCGUGUGGUUCUGGAAUUUUUGCUCACCGUUCUUGUUAUCAUUUUGACGCCACGGGGUGAGAUCUUGCAUGGAGCCCCAGAUUGAGGGAGAUUAGAAGUGGUGUUGUAUGUCUUCCUUUGUGUAAUAAUUGCUUCUACAGUUGAUUUCUUUACACCAAGCGUUUUACCUAUUGCAGAUUCAGUCGUCCCAGCCUGGUGCAGGUCUACAAUUUUGUCUCUGAAAUGAUUUGUGUUUUUCAUUGCAAGCAAAAUAAACCAAGAUAUUACUAUCAAAGCAUUUGUAAUUGCAGUCAUUUUCUAGGUGAAAUUGAGCAUUUUUUGACAGAAUUGCAGGGGUGCCAAUACUUUUGGCCUGCACUGUAAGACUUCAAAUUCAAGUUCAGCCUGACAAGUCGGCGUUCCGCCUUCUGGGGAGUUGGAGGUAACAAAGGGAAGCUACGGAACACCUCCUCAACCUGGUGACCAAUCGCAAGCCAUCAUCACCCUGAUCACUAACUGUAGAUGUCUUCUUUAUCUUUAUCUACAAGCAUCCUCAGCAGCACUUGACUCGUGUCUUGUCACGAUGGAGCGGAACGGAACACAGGUGCUGAGUCUUGAUGGCUUCAUAGACACAGACAAUUACAGAUAUGUUUACUUUGUGUUUUUUGUGGCAAUGUACGUUGUCAUUAUAUGCUCUAAUUGUAUCAUUAUUUAUGUCAUCAGGAUUCACCGGACCCUUCAUGAACCAAUGUACAUUUUCAUUGCAGCUUUGUCUCUGAACUCGCUUUUAUUCAGCACUUCUAUCUACCCUAAACUCAUUGUGGAUGUCUUGUCUCAUCAGCAGAGCGCUUCUUACUCCGUGUGUUUGUUACAGAUUUAUAUUUUCUACAGUUUGGCUGGUGCUGAUUUAUUGUUGUUGUCAGGAAUGGCUUACGAUAGAUACGUGUCCAUCUGUAAGCCACUGCAGUACACAUCUCUGAUGGGUAAAACCCGUGUCCGCAUUUUCCUGGGUUUGGCCUGGUUUCUGCCUUCCUGUCAUGUGUCGGUGUCAGUGAUUGUUCGGUCCAAACAAAAACUUUGUAGUUUCUCUUUAGGGGGGAUUUUUUGCAAUAGUACAAUUUCUAAGAUUCACUGCACGACGCCGACGUCUGUGGUUGUGUUGGGUUUUAUUGUUCUCAUAAACAUGGCUGUCAUACCUGUGCUGUUUAUCCUCUUCACUUAUAUAAAAAUAUUUGCCGUGGCAUUUGGUAGCCACAGAGAAACUCAGACAAAAGCCAUCGAUACGUGUUUACCCCACUUGAUUGUUUUAAUCCUCUUCUCCUGUUUACUUCUCUUUGAUGUGAUUAUAGGGAUUUUGGAGACGGAGCUUCCAAAAAUUUUGCGACUGAUCAUAAGUCUGCAAAUAUUAGUGUGGAGUCCGUUGUUCAAUCCGAUUAUAUACGGUUUAAAGAUGAAAGAAAUCUCAAAACACAUCAAGAAAUUCCGGUUGUGUUGCGAUCAUGUUUAAAUGAUCAAAAAAUAGCGAGGUUGUGUUUCAAUGUGUUGAACUUGGCGCCGAAUUGUCAUGUUGCAGUGCCAUUGACGGCGAGAAGUUCAAACGGAUCGGACGUCUAUCGCUGUCAAUGGUAGUGAAUUAUUAGAUCAAAUCCACAAAACAGACUGAACUGCAGCUGUCCUCUCGUCUUUGUCUGUCUCAAGUGUCCUUCCAACUAGCGGAACCUGUAUUCCAAUAAUGGGUAAUCUGUUUAAGUACAAACGUGCACGUGCAAUCAUGUGAGGAUGUUAUUUUAACACAGUAUCUACCUGUAAUCUUGUUGGUCAUCGGACACUCCAUUAGGUACACCUGCAAACUCUAAUAGAAUGGUUGGAAAUAUUUGACAAAUCAAAAAUAAAAGUGUGUGUUAUGGUGGUGUGUUAAUCGAUUAUUUUGACUGUACUAAUGAUGCGUUAUUAUACUUUAAUCACUUGUCUCAACAUGCCAGAACACUGUUGUAAAUGAUAUACACUGUAUAUCUACAUUCACAAGUGUUCAAAAUAUGUAGAUAUUUGGACACAAUUUUUUUUUUUAACGAAAAAGAACAGUUCUUCAACACUUUGAAAAUAAAAUCGUUACUAAUAAACCAUGAAAGAGUAUUAAUGCAAUCAUUUGUCAUGAUUUUUCAUUACUCUAAAAAAAGAUAU